AUGCCUGUUACGCUGGUCUUCGGAGAAGCUGAGGCGACCCCCGACGAAGCCGCAAGGAACGUAUUCGAGGUGGACUUCUGGGGUGCCGUGCAUGUGUCGCAGGAGGCGGUCAGGUUCUUCCGCGACGAGAACAGCCCGCAGGGUGGGCGCCUCAUCCAGAAUAGUGCUGCUGUUGGUCUGGUCACUCGUGAGGGGCUGGCAUUCUAUGGCGCUGCGAAGCAUGCACUCGAAGCCUUCACUGAGACGCUAAGCAAGGAGGUGAACUCGGCAUGGAACAUCAAGAUCACCUCGGUUCUUCCUGGAGGCUUCGUUACCGACAUAACGACUUCGGGCCAACUUAUCCCGCAGCACCCUGCCUAUGCUGACGACUCCAACGCAGUCGCUCUGGUGCGCAAGAUGUUCAUCGAAAAUGCGAGCAUGGAGGCGAUGAACAGGCUGGGCUGUGGGGAUCCAGCGAAGGGUGUCCAGAAAAUCUACAAAUUGAGCAAGUUGCCUAACCCGCCGUUGAGGGUGCUGUUGGGAAGAGAUUCAAACUAUAUGGUCAAGGAGUGGCAUACACAGCUGGGACGGGAGACAGAGGAGUACGCGCACUGGUCUGAUAGUCUUGGUUUUGAAGUCGAUAAGUGA